AAUCCACUGACGGGCGGGGAGGAGUUGCAAAAGUAGUUCUAGUUAAGUUCGGUCGGCCCUGCAGGCAGUGACAAAACAGUUGAGCUUUCUUCCUCAUUCAGUCGUUACUACUGGUGUUGCUGAGAAGAGUUCAUCUGCACCAUGAAGGACCCAAAUAGGCCCAGAGGAAAGACCACUUCAUACGCAUUUUUCGUUCAGACCUGCCGCGAGGAGCACAAGAAGAAACACCCAGGGACCUCAGUGAACUUCGCAGAGUUCUCCAAGAAAUGCUCAGAGAGAUGGAAGACCAUGUCAGGCAAGGAGAAGUCAAAGUUUGAGGAGAUGGCUAGAAAUGACAAAGUCCGAUAUGACCGGGAAAUGAAGUCAUACGUCCCCCCGAAAGGUGUCAAAGGCAAGAAGAAGAAGAAGGAUCCCAAUGCACCCAAAAGGCCACCAUCUGCAUUUUUCGUGUUCUGCUCCGAACACCGCCCAAGGAUCAAGGAGGAGAACCCUGGUAUUGCCAUUGGUGACAUUGCCAAGAAGCUCGGCGAGUUGUGGAGUAAGACGAGCGACAAAGACAAGGCCCCAUAUGCUUCCAAGGCUGCCAAACUGAAGGAAAAAUAUGACAAGGAUGUCGCUGCCUACAGAGCCAAGGGUGGUUCAGGGAAGAGCGAUGCUGGAAAGAAGAGCGGCCCUGGCAGACCCGCUGGCAAGAAAGCAGAACCCAUCGAUGAUGAUGACGACGAUGACGAUGAGGACGAGGAUGAGGAAGAAGAUGAGGAUGAUGAUGACGAGGAUGACGACUAAGGGUUCUGUGUGUUGAAGGGUUGUGGAUCUUGCAAUGCAUUGUUCUGUUUUACUCCUGUUUUUGCGUGGUUGGUCCCAACAGUAUUUGUCUGCACUGUUGGUCUGCCUCUUCAUCAGGCAUCAUAUGUAUUCCUCCUUAAAUUCAGGGAUGAUGUUUUUCUUUUGUUACUUAGCCCCCUUUGAUCUUUUUCUGCUGAACUCUGAUUUUUCCCCCUUUAAGCCCCGUUUGCUAUCAAACCAGCCAGCUACAUGAAAUAAAUGUGAUCACAUGAUGGACUGAAACUUCUAUGCAGGCAGCAUAAGUUUUAAAAAUGUUUUUUCUGGAAGCACUGCUUUUCUUGGUUUAGUGGUGCUGGUUGUCUUCACUGUCGUUUUACUACCAGGGUUUUUCUGUAGUUUGAGUAUUAAAACUGUUUGCAGCCAUUUUUAAUGUGGAACUUAAAAAUUUCAUGUAGAACAGAUUUUCUUUUUUUUAAUAAAAGUUUUGUAUAUUGAUUAUAAAUGUGUGGACUCUGAAAGUUUUAUAUCCGGUAGUUCCUCGUUAUUGAUGGGUGGGAUAAAAUGUACAGGUAAUUCUCAAAAAAUUAAAAUAUCAAAGUUUAA